CCACUCCCAACAUCCCAAAAAGUCAACCAACUCAAGGAGUGCAAUUAGCAGAAAUCGGAGUUCCCCAUUCCCAAUAUCACUCCGCAGUCGUCCAUUUCCCUCCCAAAUCAACGCCUCAGAUUCACCCAAAAUCAAAUUCUAAAUAACACACUCUCACACUACUCAACACUGUUCCUUCUUCUUCUUCGUCUUCUUCUUCUUCUUCUUCUUCCAGCUUCCACUCCACCUCGUAAAGUUUUUUUUUUCCUUUCACUUCGUGAAUCCGAAACAUUCUGAGCACGCAUGUGUAACUAGCAACAACAAAAAAAAAUAAAAUCCGAGAAUGCCGGUUUCAACGCGGUCUCAGAUCAGCGUCAGCAACAACAACGGCGAAAGCGAACCGAAUCCAUCAUCGGCAGCGACAAGGCUGAGAAACCCACACCAUGGGCUGAAGGAGAAGCUGAAGACACUCACUCUCUUAUACGAGCAGCAGAAGCAAGCCUCUGCAUCUCUCAGAAAUGCGUCUUUCACUUUCAGGCCUCCUCCUCCAGAGAAGGCCGUGAUGCGAGAGAACACAAUGCCUAACACCACAAUAACCAGAACCUUCGUCUUACCCCAGCCCCCCUCAAACGACAAUGACGAUGCAAAGGAAAACGUAAUCAUGGGAGCAGAUCGAAUUGUGGCGUUCUCGUGUCCGAGAAAGACAAUGAAAGCAAAUAAUAAUGUUUUGGCUUCGCAGUCUGCCAGCGUGGCACGGAAACUGUCGAUGGGGCCGGUGAGAGUGGAGGCGGUUUCGGAGAAGCAUGGGAAAUUAGGGAGCAGGAUUCUGGUGUUUGUGAGGGUGAGACCUAUGAAUAAGAAGGAAAAGGAAGCGGCUUCACGGUGCUGCGUCAGAGUCGUUAAUCGCCGUGACGUUUAUCUAACGGAGUUUGCUAUUGAAAAUGAUUACCUCAGACUCAAUAGGCUCCGCGGACGCCACUUUACCUUCGACGCUGCAUUUCCAGACUCCGCUUCUCAGCAGGAAGUUUAUUCCACCUCGACUUCAGAGCUUGUGGAAGCGGUUUUGCAAGGGAGGAAUGGUUCAGUUUUCUGUUAUGGUGCAACAGGAGCUGGGAAGACUUACACAAUGCUUGGGACGGUGGAGAAUCCUGGGGUUAUGGUUUUGGCGAUUAAGGAUCUUUUCAGUAAAAUUAAGCAGAGGAGUUGUGAUGGAAACCAUGUGGUUCAUUUGUCCUAUCUUGAGGUUUAUAAUGAAACUGUUAGGGAUUUGCUUUCACCUGGAAGGCCUCUCGUUCUUAGAGAAGAUAAACAGGGGAUUGUGGCUGCAGGACUUACACAAUAUAGAGCUUAUUCAACGGAUGAAGUGAUGGCAUUGCUUCAACAAGGAAAUCAGAACCGAACUACAGAACCAACCCGUGCAAAUGAAACAUCUUCGCGUUCCCAUGCAAUUUUGCAGGUUGUGGUAGAAUACCGAGUUAGAGAUGCUGCAAUGAAUAUUAUUAACCGAGUGGGUAAGCUCUCAUUAAUUGAUCUUGCAGGGUCAGAGAGAGCUCUUGCUACGGAUCAAAGAACACUUAGAUCUCUUGAGGGGGCCAAUAUAAACCGAUCUCUUCUUGCACUAAGCAGCUGUAUUAAUGCUCUGGUAGAAGGCAAGAAACACAUACCAUACCGAAACUCAAAACUCACUCAACUUCUCAAGGAUUCACUAGGAGGAACUUGUAACACUGUUAUGAUUGCAAACAUAAGCCCAAGUAACCUCUCAUUUGGUGAAACUCAGAACACAGUUCAUUGGGCUGAUAGAGCCAAGGAGAUUCGGGCAAAGGUAAGCGAUGCAAAUGAGGAUCAAUUGCCAGUACCUGAGAUAGAAACUGACCAGGCAAAGCUUGUACUUGAGCUGCAAAAAGAGAAUCGUGAAUUAAGAAUACAACUAGCACAACAUCAACAGAAGUUGUUGACUCUCCAAGCACAAUCCUUAGCUUCCCAAUCCUCCCCAACACCACCACCUUCAGCUGGACCUCUUUCCACUCCUCCAACGUCUGCCCAACCAAUUGAAAAACGAAGGACUAGAUCCUCUUUCUUGGCUGGAACUUGUUUCACUCCAGAAGCCAAGAAAAAGGGAGCUGAACUAGCCAUCAAGACACUUCAACAGACGGUGAAAACACUAGAGGCAGAGAUAGAGAAAAUGAAGAAGAAUCAUAGCUUGCAGCUAAAGCAAAAAGAUGAUCUUAUUCACGAGCUUUCGCAAAAGGGUGGAAAACAGGCAUUAACAACUGGAGAACUGGGGAAGGGAGUGGUGACCAGGUCUAGCCUACGGCCAAAGGAACCAAACAAUAGUGAGAUGAAGAGUCCAAGCCAACGUUUUAGAUCACCAGCCCCAACUGCCAAGAAACGAAGCUUUUGGGACAUAACCACAACUAAUAGUCCAUCAGUUACUACAUUAAAUGGUAGAAAAACUAGAAGUCAUGUUCUUGCUGAACCUGCUGCACCUCCUCCAUCGAUGCUUCUUCAGCCUGGUUUUGCUCGUCAAAAACCCAAUAUUUAAGUGAUUUUUAUGAAGCAGUGAAAAGGAAGUUGCCAGAGCACAGUGAAGUACAGUAUUAUAUAGAGAAACCUCCUUUGUGGCCAUCUUUUUAUUUAUUCGAAGGAUGAUUGUGUGUAGUCAGCUGCAGACUCGAGUAUCUUUUACAUGCUUUUUCAUUCUCUACCUUACUCCCCCACACCAUAUUCAUCAUUGCAGGCUAUUAAAGCUUAUGGAGAAAACUCCAAAAUCUUUUAUCAUGUUUGUACAUUCAUUGUUUUUUCAACCUAGAUACACCUAUAUUCUUGUACGAAUUUGUCUAUGGGCUGGUGAUGCUUCUUAAAUUAAUUUCCUGUUAGGCUUGAUGUUUCCAAGUUCUUCUGUCUUGGAUUUUUUGGCCGACUCUUGUGAAGGCAUAUUGACAUCUCACAUCGGUAGGGUGUAUGUUUAAAGUAUCCUUGUAAUGAUUUGGGCAAUCAUAUCCUCUUCAACUAGUUUUUUAA